AAGCUCAGAUGGUCAUGAGCUGGAUGUCGCUGCAGCAAAACGAUUGUUGUGGUGAGCUAGCUGUGUCAGAUUUUGUAAUAAAUUUAUCUUGUUUAAUAGAGCUACUUCUUACAUUUUAUUGUCAUGGGAGGAGAUGGAGGAAGCAUACCUGGUCGUCAAGACCUUGUUCGCACAAAAAGAAAGCCGGAACAGGCCGAGAAGGAGUUUGAGCGUGUAGCCAAGUGGAAGCAUUGUAGCAUCACCCAAGAACCUCUCCGGCAGCCCAUUGUAGCUUGUGAACUUGGAAUGUUAUACAAUAAAGAAUCUGUUUUGGAAUAUUUGAUAGAAACUGACAAGUCCGCAUACACCAAGUGUCAACAUAUUAAGUCAUUGAAGGAUAUAAAGGACUUGCACCUCACUGAAAACCCAACAUAUAAGAAUGAUGCUGUAAAGAAAGGAGGAGGUGUAUACAAUGACCCACAUACUGCCCAGUACGUCUGUCCAGUCACAGGUUUGGAGAUGAAUGGACGAUACAAAUUUUGUUUCCUGUGGAAGUGUGGAUGUGUGUUUGCAGAAAGAGCUUUGAAGGAAAUCAAAUCUGACACUUGUCACAGUUGUGACAAACCUUAUGAUGGGGACUGGAUCAUGUUAAAUGGAAGCUCAGAGGAUGUUGAAUUAAUGAGAACAAAAAUGGAAGAACGGAAAGCAAGGAUUAAAGCUGAAAAGAAAGCUAAGAAGGCCCAAAAGAGAAAGCUGGUAGAAUCUUCACAAGAACCCCAUAUGUCUACAGAUACUUCUGGAGACCAGCAAACUACACACAGAAAUGAUAAAGAAGUAGAGGAAAAGGACGAAGGUGUGUUCAAAGUACCUGGUGUCGUUGCAGCAUCAACAAAGAAAACAGAAAACAAUGAAAAGUUAACUAAUAAACUUGGGAAAGAAAAGAAACCUAAAACACAGCAAGAAUCAAAAGACACUGGUCUUGACAAGAAAAAGGCUGGAUACCGCCCAGAACAAAGUCAAGUCUAUAAAUCAUUAUUUAUUAAUAAAGAUGAAAAAAGAGAAAAAAACAGUCAUUGGGUGACAUACAACCCUUAUUAUUCCAUGUAACUCCAGUUUCCAGUUACAUUGAUAAUCACAACAUGCUGUUCUUAGCAUCAGCAUAGGAAACAUCUCGAGAGAAAACAAGGCCUUUGCAAUUAAAAAUAUAGAGCACCCGGACCCAUUUGUAGAGGGUUUUGAACUGCCUCUUGAAAUGUGGAUAGACCAAAUGCAACCUUUUUGGAAGAGGACAAGGUACUACCAAAAUUUAAAAUGCAGAUAUGAAGCAUAUUGUAGCACAAUUGGUGUUUGUAGUCCCUCUUAUUAUGAAGGACAGGGGUGUUGAAAUGUAGGUGGUGGUUAUAAGCAUGUACAGUAUUAGUGAAGAUGGAUGAAUUAAAAUUCAUAAGUAACAGUAACAAAUGUAUAAUUUUAAGCCCAGGUGUAAGUUUCUCCUGGUUCUUAGCCCAAGUUACUUCCACAAGGAUAAGUAUCCAGACUCUGUGCAGUACUAGUAUCACUAGUACAGUCUGUGGGCCAUGAUCUGGCAACAUACACCUCCGCAAUCAAUUGAUUUUUCUUUUCUACUCGGUUGAAAAUCAUAGGGAUAUUCCUAAGUAAAUUUUUUUUUUUCAAGUUUAAAGCUCCAUUCACAUCAAGCCCGUACUCCGGAUAAGCCAGGCACUCGCUGCAUCGUACGACGAAUCCAACUCCGCUCCCUGUGAGUGCUUAGACCGUGUGACGCCCUCUGUUGAUUGUCGGUGGCAGUCUGAGCUGAUCGUCAUUGAAACCAAUCCAUUGCAUGCAUCAUGGCAUUUUGUCCUCCAUAGAAUCGCAUCAGCCUAUGAUCGUCGGACGUAGUGAGUGCCUAGCUUCAAGCUGCAUUGAACCGUGUUUCCAUUGCGCUGAAUGCCAGUAUCCGUAUUUCUUGCAUACUAAUUCCCCUUUCUGAUGGGUUCGGUAGGCCUUCCAAUCCGAAAAUUCGGAUUUCGGUGUGAAUGCAGCUUAAGUCUGAUGUUUUGACUGAACUUUCUUCAUGCCCAACAGAACAAAUCUGUCAGGAUGGAAACAAGAAACAUAAACAAUCUAAACAAGAAAUGAAGCUUGUAAUCAAUUGUUGGUUCUGAUGCAAGAAAAGGAAACAAGAAAUUAUGAUAUAGUAAAUGUGAAAAAUCAGAUCCAAAUACUGUACAGUAAUAUAAAAAUGGGGCAUCUGAAAAAAUGGUACAAAAAUAGAAGCACAUCAACUAAUGCCUCCUUUGUCCUUUUUUCAGAUGUUUUUUUUAUUUUCAGCACAGCAUCACAUACAUUUAUCAUCUUUUUUUUCGCCCUUUUCUGUUGUCACACUUUGAAUCUACAGCUUGUUCUAAUUUUUGUUACAGCUUUCCUGCAUCAGGCCCACCAUUGUUUGUAUAUAAACUUAUUUAAGAUUGUUUAUACUCCACCCAAGCUGCUUUGUUCUGUCCUCCAUGUGUGAACAUACUGUAGACAUAGUUAUAUAUCUGUUUCUCUGAAAGUGAAAAAGGCUCAGUUAUAGUUGAAACAUUGGGCCGAACAACACUGCAGUACCUGGUCUCCAUAUUUGCAAAGUUAUCGUAAGUUCAAUAGCUUUCUUUCACUUUACAUAAUUUUUUGUAAAAAUUAAUUACAUAAAAGCUCAUACUGUGCAUAUAGAAUUGAAUUUUUGACUGAUAAACAACAAUAGUUACAGUUGUAUGAAAAGAUAGGCAGUGGUUUUGGGUAUUCGUGGUUUUGUACUAUGCUCUACAAAAUAAAGUUGUUUUAAUGAAACGCUGUCGAACAUCUUUUAUAGUCGAUGUAAGUAAAUUGAAUAAAUACUGUUACACUGUAAAACAUA